CUUUGAUUUGAGAUUAUUUUGCCACAUGCUUUGUUUUCAUGUUUCCUCAGUUUCUUUCUUUGCAUAUUUCCAAAAAGAUUUGCAAAAAACAUUUCAAUAUACCAACACUGUUUAAAUAUAUAUACAUAUUGGCUUAGUUAACUAACUCCUGAACUCCUGCGUUCAUACUGAAACAACCAGUUGUGAAUGACAUGUUGUGAAUUAUGAUCUCCCUCCUGUUGGGGAUAUGAUCAAUCAAUCAAAGUAUCUUACAUAGCUGCAGGUAUGUAAAUGACGUAUCUACUUAUUCGAAAGCUUAACUUUUACAUGCAUGUCAAUUGGUGUUGGUUAGGCUAGGUUUCUGAAAAAAGAAAAGAAAAGAAAAGAAAAGGCAAAUUUUCCACAUUUAAAGCUGUGGUUGGAUCGUGUUAAGGUGGGUUUAUCCUGCAUUACAUCCCUGAGGCGCCUCAAACAGGAGUGUGCUCAAGUCGACCGGAAUGACUCACAACUCGUGAUCCCCCAUUCAUGGUAACACCAGGCCUUAAAAGAUGCUUUCUCCCCCCCAAUAAUCUCUCUCUUUGCAGCUUGUAGUUGUAGUGUAGUGUUAGAUGCAGCGCUAACACACAGCUUCAAGCCACAUUUAAUCUUUGCAUGCUUGCCUAUGACUCCUUAGAAUAAUUCCUAAUUUAUCUCUUUUUUUGUGUGACUCACCAUGAAUAAGGUUACAGCUCUGCAGAAAAAGAAAAGAAAAGAUUUUAUUCCUUACUUCCUGGGAUUUGUACUAUUUUUAUAUUGCACGGUCCAUCUUGUAUCAUUCACAGCAAAAACAGCUCAGGAAACCCACUUUGUCAGGGUGCGUCGGGCUCUCGAGAAUGAGACAGAAUGCAUCUUACCACAAUCCUCUGAGUUUCCUGACGGCUUCUUCACGGUGCAGGAGAGAAAGGAUGGAGGGCUUGUCAUUUAUUUUAUGCUUAUUUUCUACAUGCUUUUGGCUGUCGCAAUAGUCUGCGAUGAUUACUUUCUGCCAUCCUUAGAGGUGAUCAGUGAUCGUCUGGGUCUGACCCAGGAUGUAGCAGGAGCAACAUUUAUGGCAGCUGGGAGUUCUGCACCUGAACUGGUCACAGCCUUUCUGGGUGUGUUUGUGACAAAGGGAGACAUUGGGGUCAGCACCAUUGUGGGGUCAGCAGUCUACAACCUCUUAGGAAUCUGCGCUGCAUGUGGACUCUUGGCCUCUAUGGCAGGGCGUCUCACCUGUUGGCCUCUGUUCAGGGACUGCCUGGCAUAUGGUAUCAGUGUUGCUGCUGUUAUUGCUAUAAUAUCUGAUAACAAGGUGUACUGGUAUGACGCUGCCAGUCUGUUGCUGGUCUACGGUGUCUACAUUGUGGUUCUGUGCUUUGACCUUCGCAUCAGCGAGUUUGUCCUGAGGAAGGUGAGUCCUUGCUGCACCUGUCUGGGCAAAGGGUCUGGGGAGAAGACUGAGACGCAGCCACUGAUGGGCUGGAACGAUGACACAAGUCUGCGAGUCCACAGUCGCUCCAGAACAGACAGUGGGAUCUUCCAGGACGACUCCGGAUACUCUCAUCUCUCACUCAGCCUGCAUGGCCUCAAUGAGAUUCCUGAAGAGCGUAAAAGUGUGUUUGCUGUGCCGGAGAGCGACUUGAAAAGGAUCCUCUGGGUUUUGUCUCUACCCAUCAUUGUUCUGCUUUUUCUGACCAUCCCUGACUGCAGAAGAAGGUUCUGGAAGAAGUGGUUCAUGAUAACCUUCUUCAUGUCAGCUGUCUGGAUUUCAGGUUUCACAUACCUGCUGGUGUGGAUGGUCACUGUUGUCGGUGAGACACUUGACAUUCCUGAAACAAUAAUGGGACUCACUCUGAUGGCUGCUGGAACCAGUAUACCUGACACCAUAGCCAGUGUGAUGGUGGCCAGAGAAGGGAAAGCUGACAUGGCGAUGUCCAACAUUGUGGGUUCAAAUGUAUUCGACAUGCUCUGUCUCGGCCUGCCUUGGUUCAUCAAGACUGCAUUUGUGGACACCAACAACCCCGUAGAGGUUAACAGCACUGGACUGUUCUUCAUUUCCUCCACACUCCUCCUUUCAAUCGUCUUCCUUUUUGUCGCCGUUCAUGUGAACGGGUGGAAAUUGGACUGGAAGCUGGGAAUUGUUUCCCUCAUCUGCUACAUCCUCUUUGCCACUCUGUCCAUCCUGUAUGAGCUGGGGAUUAUUGGCAAUAAUCCCAUAAGACUGUGCAGUGACUGAGAUCUGACCUUCCCAGGACCAAAGCCAUAUUUACUGAGACUCUUAACAGUCCAAAAACACAAGAAAAAAUGUUAAGUCUGUAAGAUCUUCAAAUGUCAAGACAAGGAAGCAUGAGCCCACUCCAACACACAUUUAAAGAUAUUGUGCCACAGAAGACGUGCUGGUCACAUCUCAGGAGGAAGAUAAUCUCUAUUAUAAUAUAUUUUUCACAAAAGGUGCAAAUGUGCCAAAGAUCUUGAUACUCUUGUGUAUACCUAUCAAGCCUAUGACCUGGAUUGUUACACAAUGAAGACCCAUUAUCCAUUAAAUUCUGACAUGUCCUACUAAAGGCACAUAAACAGAGAAUGUGUUGUCAUAGGAGUGAACAACUGACCGGAUUGAAGUAAUAAAGGUGUCCAUUGAACUCA